AUCGCUACAGCAAACAACACCCGAGCAAGAGUUCCUCCGCAAAGUGUGUGCCGUCUCUUGGCAGAAAAGUCCUUUAUUCAGUUCACCGCCUGUGCCAUUGAUUGGGUGGAGUUUUCUGGGCAGGAAACGCCGAAAGUCUGUAGAUAAUUGUGGGGUCGCGAGUGCUUUUUUUUCGUUCUUCUGCCUCCGCCUGUCUCGCGAGGGCGCCUCCGCGAGAAGAGUGAGAGCGAGAGAAAGGACAUCCUGUGCACGACAAGGACAGAGAGAGAGAGACAUCGUCCCGCGGAAACCUGUCACUGGCGCACUGUCAAAAUAGUGCUGCGACGAUUCUUCCCCAGGAAAUCGAUAAUGAAUCCCACGGGAGGCUCCCGCUAGGCUUCCCAGUGACGAGUGAGUGUGUUUUGGGUCAGAGAGACGCUCGCAAAGGCGCCCCCGGGCCGUCAAGUGAAGGUGGAAUUUAGGUGAAUGCCUUGUGAGACUGCAACUGCCAUGGAUUACAAAGAAGUGUUUGUCUUCAAUGCGGCCCGCGAUGGCAAUUUGGUGUCGCUGAAGAGAUUCCUCAACGGGAAGAAUCAAGUGGAGAUCGACGCUCUGGUGUCGGCCAAGACUGGCGGCUCCACGCCGCUCGUGAUUGCCUGUCGCAAUGGCCACUACGACGUGGUGCAGUAUCUAUUCCAGAAGUGUCACGUGGAUGUGGAGCAGUCGGGCAUUGUCACGUUCGACGGCGAGACGAUCGAUGGGGCGCCGCCGCUGUGGUGCGCCGCGGCGGCCGGCCACGACCACAUCGUGAAGCUACUGAUGAAGCACGGCGCCAACGUGAACAGCACGACGAGAACCAAUUCCACGCCACUCAGAGCCGCGUGCUUCGAUGGCCACUACAAUAUCGUCACGUAUCUAGUCUCACACGGAGCUGAUAUUGAGGUGGCAAAUCGACAUGGGCACACAUGCUUGAUGAUCGCGUGCUACAAGGGUCACUUUAACAUCGCGCAGUACUUGCUGGAUCUGAAGGCGAAUGUGAACAGGAGGACAGUGAAGGGCAACACGGCGUUGCACGAUUGCGCAGAGUCCGGAUCGCUGGAGAUUCUGCAGCUUCUGCUCAAGCACGGCGCGACAAUGGACGUAGAUUCUUACGGAAUGACACCAUUGCUGGCCGCCAGCGUGACUGGACAUGUUGCCAUUGUGGAGCACCUCAUCAGUUUGCCAUACGUGAGCCGGCAGGACCGCAUCGCGGCGCUGGAACUGCUUGGAGCGACGUUUGUGGACAAGAAGCGUGACAUGCUGACUGCGCUGUCGUUCUGGCGCCGCGCCCUGGAGAAUCGCUACGAACAGGAGCCGCACAUGGCCAAGCCGGCCGACGUGAAGCCCGUGGCGGCGUACGAUUUCGUGCGUGAGGUGUCUGACAUUGCGGCGCUGGAGGAUCUGGUGAUGGAUCCGGAUGAGAUGCGAAUGCAGGCGCUGGUGAUCAGGGAGAGGAUCCUGGGGCCGGCGCAUCCGGACACCAGCUACUACAUCCGCUAUCGGGGGGCGAUCUACGCCGACGCGGGGCGCUUCGACAGGUGCAUCGAGCUGUGGACGUACGCACUGACGAUGCAGCAGAGCAUCCUGGAGCCGCUAAGUCCCAUGACGCAGUCUUCCCUGCUGUCCUUCGCCGAGCUAUUCAGUUACAUGCUGGGCGAGGCGGGCCGGCCGGUGACGAGGGGGCGCGUGGUGCCGCCCAUCAACACGGACGACAUGCUGCUGGUGUUCGACAAGGCGGUGCACGAGGUGAAGUUAGGACAGAAGAUGAUCGCCGCGCUGCCGGAGAAGGAGAGAGACACAGCGGCGCUCAGCAGAGCCCUCGUUAGUGCCCUCCAUCUGGCGUGCCAUCUCGCCAGGCUGCUCAGUGACGAUGUCGAGUGUUCGGACAAGGUUCGGCAGCAAGUCCUGAAAGCUCUUUACGAUCUCGUUAGUCUCAAGGUGAUCAUCCGCUCGGGGAGAACAGCGCUGCAUUUGGCGUGCUAUCGCGAGGCGGCUCUCGUGGGGCGCUAUCCGGCGUGCCAGUUCCCUUCGCCGCAGCUGACGAAGGCGCUGCUGCAAGUGGGCGCAGAUCCCAAUGCCAAAGACGAAGCCGGGAAUACGCCACUGCAUCUUGCCGCCCUCGCGCGCCCCUGUCCAGCCAGCCUGGCGCAGACUCUCGUGGAUCACGGAGCACACUUGGACGCAAAGAAUGCCGAUGGGGACACAUUCGAGAGUCUGCUUCAGGGACAGCAACUGCGCGAGCUGGUGAAUCCCGUGCGGCAUACGACGCUCAAGUGUCUGGCCGCGAGGACGAUCCAGAAGCACAAGAUUGCGUACAGGGACGAAGUGCCUCGGGCGCUCAAUGAGUUCAUCGAGUGCCACUGAAGCGAGGGGCGGACAGACGGACAGCUGUGGAUGCUGCCGAGGGAGUUCCUCUCAGCGCUUGCGGCGUAAACGGGGAGGAAGCUCAGACGGAAAUCUCACGUGUUUGUCGUGGUGACGAGAGUGCUGUGGACGUUCAGCGGGCAUUUUUCGCAUAGCCGAAGGUUGAGAUGCAGACGUGUUCAUUAGGCGAAUUGAUUGAAAUUUCUUUGGUGGUGCAGUGAAAACUGUGGAGAGCUUUUCUCGUGUCUCGUUAUGAGCAAGAAUAUCAAUUUAUCCUGGAUUUGUAAUGGCAUUGAUUCCCAACUGUUUCCCAACGGUGGGUUUCUUAAGGUAAUUUUUGUGAUAUGUAAUUUCAUUGAUUUAGAGAGAGAGAAAGCGAGAAAGGACGGAAUCGAAGGAUAUUUCAACAAGACUUUAUGUAACAAAAUCAUUGAUGCUAUUCAAACUAAGGACAUUACAAUAUAGAGUGUACUUUUAGCAAUGAA